GCAAAUUAGUUGUAUUGAAGUUGUUACGUCGGACAACGUAUUUAGGACGGGUUGUAGAAUGCUUCCUAUUUAUCUGAUUAAAUAAACGUUGAUUAUGUAGUUUUUAAACUCGCAGGCUAUUAUUAAACCGCGCGCGGUAACAUAUUUACAUCUAUGCACGUAUUUUUAUCAAGUCUUUCCAAAUAUUUAUUUUUGGAUGUUAUUUUUUGGUCUUCUGGAAUUUUCGAUAGAUAUUUGUUGUUGUGGCAUAAUAAUUAUUGGUAUCGAUGGAUGUUUUAUGGUUGAACGGCCAUAGAUCACGGAGGAGUUGUUUGCAAAAUUGAAGCAUCACGCCCACAUAACUAUAAAACAAUCAAUAGCUUCACAUGUCGGCGGUACCAACGGCAGGCAGAGGCAGAGAAGCGGAUUCGAGAUGCAUUGCGGCGGUGUUCUCCUUUCACGGGCCUCUUGCACGCGAAGGCGAGCGCAUGCGCGACCUCGCUCGCCGACCCGCUUGCGCCGGCGCUGUGCUCAACUUCAUAUUUUCAUGUUGUUUCCAGCGGGACCGCGGAUUCUGCACAAUACCACAUACAAAACGAUUUUUCAUGCAAUUUGCACUGCUACGUACAUUCUUCCUAGCCUUCAGCCAUAUUUUACGUUGGCUGCAACCGUGCAAUUUUCGAUUCGGUUCCGCUUAUAAGAGUUUGUUAUUGAAUUUUCGUGCCCAUUUUUAAACAUGGCGAUCCUAUAAUUGCUACCUAACCUAAAUCCAAUGAAAAUAAAUGCUCUGUUCGCUAGAAUAGGCUUAGUUUUCGUUUUGUACAUCAAAAUACCGAAAGAUACGUGAUUACACGCGAUUAUAUUGAAUUUGAAAGUGUUCUGAAAUUACCGUUGACCUGGAGGCCCAAAACAACUUGGAAAAGGGUGGUGGCGGGGAAUCCGCUAAUUUUGAUGCUAAAAACCAAGAUGUUCAAGCUAAUAACGCAAAUGAAAACAUGAGUGUAUGCAUAGAUAGUGGAACAGUGCUCGCCAAUGUGGUGGGCACGACAUCUUUGGCCCUUCAAAAUGAAGACAUCUCUGCUACUACCCAAACCACCACAGUACAAUUACCCAGUGAACAGACGGAUAUUACACCACAGUCCGCUCCGGCGGCCAAAAAUGUCGCCGCCACCAAGCUAGUAGUACCUUCCAGUACGCCAAACACUGUUUUGCAGAAAGUUGUCAAUCAGCCAGUAAUAACAGUUUUAAAUUCAUCUGGACCAUUAACUGUAGUGAAAAGUCUUUGUGUUACAUCAGGUGUUUCUAGUGCCCCUCAAUUUACAUUGGUUAAUUCAGCACCUCUGACAGUGGCCAACACUGUUGGGAAACCCCCCACAAUCACACUACUCAAUGGACCAGUGACUGUUGUCAAAGCUAUCCCAGCUACACAGAACAUUGAAAAAAGUGAAGCAGUAUCAAAUACUACUACUAAUGCUCCAACUAAUGUGUCUCCCCCUACAAUUAUGGAAAAUCGGGGACACAAUGUGUUUGUCAAAAACACUUGUCCCGAUUCUACAGUCCCUGACAUGCCUCAGAGCCAUAAAAUCUUGACUGCAAGCAACUUCCCCCAAGCUAAUGUUUUAGCAAAUGUCCAGAACAAAACAGCAAAUGGUCAAAGAAAUAAGCUAAAGAUUUUAUCGAAUGUUCAGAUGAUGCCUGGCACAUCUUCUGUUGGAAAUGUGUUGCUAAACAAAUCAAACAACAAUGCACAACAGCAGAGGUAUUUUCCGCGAUCCAAAUUAAUAGGAGCAAACGGAACCAAGUACCUAAAUAAACCGACGACGCCAAACAACGUGCUCAAAUCAAACGUGAAUCAACCGUUGAACAAAUCGCCACAAAGAAUGGUCUACCCGACUCACAAAAGUCAAAUAAAAACUCUCACCCCGAAUUACGUUCAAAAGGCGCAAGGUAUUAAAACUUUGUCGCCGCAGCAAAAACCGGUGCAAAUGCAGCGAAGCAACAGCGGCUUGAGGACAAUACCGCCGCAGCGCCCGCCUAAAAUGCCCAACAAACCGAACUACAUCGGCAAGCACGCGGUGCAGGCGCAAAAGAUGCGCCCCAAAAUGAAGAACGCGAAGGUCACGUCGCCGUACGGCGGCGGCGGCAACCACCCGCCGCCGAUGCCCGAGAAGCAGCUCACGUUCAAUCAGGCCCUGACGGCCGAAAUAAUCGAGACGCUGAGCAACAAGAGCGCCGCCGCCCCCAACUCGUACCCCUCGAAGCACUACGAGAUCCUGCCGGCGCGGUACGAGAACGCCUACACGUACCAAGAUCACAAGGCGGCGGCAAUGGCGGCGCCCGAUUCCUCCGCCGCCGCCGUCGUCGACGACAAAACCAAGUCCGGCCUGGACGCGCUCUCGCUCAUAUGCCAGGCGGUUCUGCUCGAUCACAACUACAACGCCACCCUACCGCCGGAUUCGCCGACGAGAUCUGCUCCGCCGCCCCCCAUUCCCCAAUCUCAGCUCAACGGGAUGUCCGGCGGCGGGAACUCGAUGUACUCGCCCGGGAGUCAGCAGCAGGCCAAGAGGCGCUCGCUACCGCCGGCGAGUUCCAUGUGCAUGCCCGCCGGCGGCGGCGGCGGCGCCGGUCUGCCCAACAUGUCGAAUGCGAUAAAGGGGAUGGGACCGAUGGAAAAAUGCCAGAACGCCAUGCUGCUGGGCAGCCACCAGAUGUCGAUGCAGGACGAAGACGCCGCCUCCGACGUGUCGGACCUCUCCGAUAGGAAGCACGACACCGAGGGAGAAGAGACUGACACCGCGCCGGAAGCGGAAGCCGUCACCAAUGAGGAACACAUGGACCAUUAUGGAGACUAUGUCACUCGUUGUAUAUGCGGAUUUUUACACGACGACGGCUAUAUGGUGGAAUGCGACCGUUGCAAAGUGUGGCAACACGUGCAAUGCGUCGUGAAAAACAAACAGGUACCCGACGAAUAUUUGUGCGAGGUCUGCGACCCGACGAAGCCAAUCGAAAAACAAAAAGCUCGAAUGAUUCAGCAGCAGUGGCUCAGAGAUCGACAGCUGCUCGCCGAAUCCAACAAGUUGAAGAAGGACAUUAAAAUGAAGGAGACGUUGAAGCAACGCGAAGUGAUCAGCGACUCGGACUCUUCCGACGCCGAACACCCGCCGCACCACAACAACAACGUGGUGGCGAAGCGGCGGCGGCGCAAGAGCGAAAGCUCGAAGCAACAGACGGCGACGAGCAGGAGGGACGCCGCCAAGGAGGCGGCCGUGGCGAGGCGGCAGAAGCAGCGCCGCGAACGCAAGACCGUGAAGCGCAAGGCGGCGGCGAAACCCAACGCCAAGCAGAACGCGCAGCAGUUGGCGCACAGCGACGACGAAGGCGGCGGCAACGCGGAGAAUUUCGCCAAUCAGCUGCCUCAGCUGAGGCAGUGGAUCGAAAAGUACGAGGAGGCCGUGACGAAUCACUACUCGCCCGAGUUGAGGGCGCGCAUUUCGAACAUCAGGGUGAACGGCGCCCACUCGGAUCAGAUUUCGAUGCAGUUCGACUGCGCCGUUCAAAAGUGCCGCGUGCACACGCAGCCGCUAACCGAGCUGAAAUACCUGGUGAGUACGGUGCGUUUGCCGCCCAACACGCCCGUGGUGGAGCUGCGCGGCAAGUACAUGCUGUCGACGCAGCACCGGAACGCCGGCUCGCUGACGACGCGGCAGCACUCGCAACGACCCGGCCCCUUCCUCUUCUUCUACCGGCUGCGCAAGGACAACACGGAGGUGUGCGUGGACACGCGCACCUACGGCAACAGCGCGCGCUUCGUGCGGCGCUCGUGCAGGCCGAACGCCGAGCUGCGCCACUGCAUCGAGAAGGGCGUGCUGCACCUGUACAUCGUCUCGAUAACCGACGUUGAGAAGAACGGCGAGCUGACGAUCAAGCACGAGUCGCACGACCUGGCGGUCGUGGGCACGACGCGGAUCGCGUGCGCCUGCAACUCGCCGCCCGACGAGUGCGCCGUCAACAAGACCUCGAUCAAGAAGAACGGGGAGUCCGAUCUGAUGCUCAGGAAGCGACGAGGCAGGAGGACCGCGUCCGCGUGCGUACUGCAGGAGCCGGAACCGCAACCUCCAAAGGUCAAAGAUGAACCUCUUCCGGAACCUUUAUCUUCCCCGGAACCGAUCAAGCAGGAAGCGAUUCCAGUAAAAGAGGAGGUGAAGGUUGAAGUAAAAGAAGAAAAGCCGGUCGUCGUGAAAGAAGAAGCGUUGGAAAUCAAAGAGGAACCGCUGUCGAUAAAGCCGGCGAAAAAGGAGAUCGUCGUCAAAGAAGAUCCCGAACCGUCGCCGGAAAAGAAGCAACCCGACGAAGAAGCGAAGGAAAAGGUGGAAGAAGAGGAGGAGGAGCAGCAGGAGGAGGAGGAGGAAGACGAAGCGAUCGGCAAGAGUCCUCCGCACACGCCGAUCAUGACCAGGAGGUCCUCCCAGUACAAGUCAGCCGACGACAAGGAGGACAGUCGGGACGGACACGAGUCGGCGGCCGGCGCGGCGGCGCCUCCGUCGUCCGGGAGCGGCGGCAAGUCCAAGUGCAAAAAGUUGAGCCGCGAAGAGCGCAAACUCGAAGCGAUCCUGCGAGCCAUCGAGCAAAUGGAGAAGGCGGAGCAGCGGAAGCAGGAGCACGAGGCCAAGGCGCAGCACAGAAGGGAGUCGGAACCGGGACCCAAUCCCAAGGAGGAGGAGAAGGUCGAGCCCAGGAUGAAGAGAAGAAGAAGGAAGGGUCGCGCAAGAACGACAAGCACAAACGCGAGCACGCGCCGUAACCGUUUAAACUCUACGGACUCUUACAUGACGUCCGGAGACGAAACGAUGUUGUCUCCUACGGACAACGCGUGCCCCAGCAGCAGCAGCAGCAACAGGCCGACGACGAAAGUCGAUCACAACGACAAAGCCGUGGGUCUGUUGCUCGCGCUAUCCAACAACGCCGACAAAAACUCUAUGGACAAAUCGCCGAUGCGCGACGUCGACUCCAACUCCAACUCCGCCCAUUCGUCCCCCGAGACGCCCCUAUCGUCCGCCUGCCUCCUGGUGCAGGCCGCCGUCGAGCCGCUCGAACCGGGCUUCAAGUUUCCCAAAACCAAAAAGGGCAUGAUGAACGAGUGGCUCAACAAGGAGACGGUCGGCAACGAUUACGAUCACGGCGCUGCCCCUUCGGCCGCCAGUUUUUAUUCGCCGGCGAAAAAUUUGGCCGCCCUGGCGCAGGCCGCCACCUACUGCGACGUCAACGAGGCGCCCAGGGGCAGCGCCAAGAAGCGCUGGCUGAGGCAGGCGAUCAGCGAGGACAGAUCCUGCGACAGUCCGCAAAGUCGACCUGAUUCGCCGCCGCUGAGCGAGAUGGUCGCGCCGCCGAAAAAGCGGCGGCUGCCGCGCGAGUCGCUCUCGAACGAGGCGUCGCCGCCAUCGACGCCGACGUCGACGGUACCGCCGCCUAUUGUUACUAAACUAGACACAAACAACCAACAACAACCACCACCACCAGCAGCGACGAACAACAACUCGACUAGGCACGAGGGCUGCGUGGAGAUCGUGUACAGCGCCGCGCACGAGGGCGACUCGCCCACGCACCAGACCCUCGAGUGCGACGCGGUGCUGAAGGAGCGCGCCGCGCAGAUGAAGCAGGAGUACGCGGCGCCCAGCCUGGCGCUGGAGGCGGUCGCGCCGCCCCCGCCGCCGCCGAUCGGCAGCUGCCUGCUCGAUCCGCGGCUGGCGCGCGACCACCAUCCGAUGUUCUCGAACAGCGACCACCUGGUGGGCGCCGUCGAGAAGACGCUCAGCAUACUGGGGUUUCAGGAGAGGCGGCCCGAGGCCAUCACGCCCGCUAAAAGAAAGACUUCUUCUGCAGCUGUCGAUAACCGAGUACCGGCAACGGAAGAAGGUGAACACGAACGACGGCAGGAGCGGCGAGGGGGGCGGCGACAGCCGGUCGGGCUCUCCGCCGUCGCUGCACGAGGGCGGCGCAGCCGGCGGCGGCUACGACGAAGGGGCGUCGCACUCGGAAAGGCACGAGCCGGAGCCGGCCAGCAACGAGGAGAACAACUCGUCGGAGUCGUUUCGCGCGGCGGCGGCGGCCCGACCGCGAUCGGGUAGCACGUCGAGCAGCACGUCGCUCACGUCGUCGGACGACGAGGCGCACCACGCGCCCCCGCCCACCGACCCGCUAACACCAGCGAAAGCGUUGUCAGCAUUCAAUUCGGAACCCACAGAACUAGAAAGACAACGCGAAGCGUCCAGUUUAAGAUUGAAGAAAGCGUUUGGAUUAGCACUGGACGACGAACAUCGAAAACCAGUAACUCUGGACGUGGAGUCGAUCCUGAACUGCGAGCUUCCGCAAAUCAAGGCGGUAAAGCCGCCGCCCAGUCCCACCUUUCCCAUACCGGGCAGCUGCGAGGUGACGCGCGACGUGCCGUCCCCCGUCGCGCCGCCGCCGCCGGAACAAGACGCGCCGCUCGACCUCGCGCCGCACCCGCCGACCUCGACGAUUCUCGCCGUCGAUCGGCAGAUCUUCGCGGAGGAGGCGGUGAGAAAUGACGUUUAUGUGCCCGUGGAGAAGGAGGAGGAGGAGGGGGUCGUUUGUGCGAUGGAGGAGGACGAGGAGGAGAUCAAGCCCAAUUUGUUUUACACUCCCGACGAGGAGGAGGCGAUGCAGGACGUGGUGAAACCGGUUUCGCUUACCACCACCGUCUACGAUCCUUCCGGUAGCUAUGUGCCGGCUUUCAACAAUCCGGCCUAUUCCAACAACAUACUCCAAAUUUCGUCAAUUGAUGACGAUGCGAGGUACGAGGGUCGUAAUCCGUCACCUCCGCCCCACUUGGACACGGGUUGCGAAUGAAAUGCAAAAUUAAUAUAAUAGAGAGAGAGAUAGAGAGAGAAAGGAAGAGCGAGCGGGAAGCUUUAAUUAAUUAAUUAAUUACAUAAAUUAAGAGAAUAUCUGAUUUUUUCGUGCAAUUUGAUGAUUUUAACCUAUUUUUUUAUUAGUAUUACCUUCUAAGCACAGUGUACAUAGUUGUUUUAUUUUUGGAGAUUUAUUUUUUAAUGUAUAAAACACUUUUGAGAUGUCUACAACAAGUUGAGCAGUUUAUGUGAGUUAUUUUUUCAAAUUUGUAUUAUUCAGUUAUGUAAUUGCGAAUUGAGUUGUUAAUUUUGACUUACCUGUAGAUAUCGGAGGAAGAGAGAGAGAGACGUGUACACUAUGUAAAUAGAUUUAUUUUUAUUAAUAAGCUGAAUUUAGAGAACAUUGAUUUUUUGAUAUUUCGAUUUGCAACAUUGACUGACGGAUAAGGCAAAGGCUCCGAAUUUAUUAAUGUAAAUACUUGACUCUGUAUUCAAUUAGGGCGCCGCGUGUUGUGGGGCGCCCCCCAGCCGGACUUCUUUGGGUCAAUGUUGCAUGCGUAUGUAAUAAAAGUACAAAAUUAUUUAAGAGGUGAUCUCGUGUUUUAAUAAGAGUAGUGAUUUUUAUUAUUUUUCGAUUUUUCUAGACUAAGUGACACACCAUACUUUUGGGUUUAUUAGGUAAAACAAAGUUGAAAACUAAAACAUUUGUAGCUGAAAUUUUUCUCUGAAGUUUUUUUUGGGAUUUUUACAGUUCAUUUAUUCUAUUUUCUUCUUGCGUUUUACGUUAAUUACAGUUAAUUAGUUGUUGCUUUAAUUAUGUUUAGGCGACUUCUGCGUCAUUUUGUUUAUUAGUUUAUAUUUAGUUUGACAUGCCCGGUGUUUACUUUUCUCUAAUUUGUUCAUUCUCACCCCGGUUGAUUUUUUUACUCUCGCUUUCAAGUAUUGUUUAUAUUUUACAAAAUAUAUAGUUAAUGUUGUGAGUAACUAACGUGAAUGUUUUAUUAAUGAAAUUUAAGUGCAUAAUCAUUGAUUGGCUCAAAUUUUCAAUUUAAAAAAUCUUGUGUGCUACGUUUUAGUAGUUGAUGACAGUUCGAAUGGUAAUUUGAUGAUUAGAGAAAAGGUUUUGCGAACAAGACAGUACAUCACAAUUCAUUUCUCAAAAGCGGAAGUCGCUAUGUAUAUAUUGUAUUUGUAUAUAAUUAUAUUUAUAUAUCAAUUUGUAAAUUUCGUACUACCAGAUCCAGUGUUAGUUAUGUUAAUACUUAUUCAUUUAUUUAUUAAAAAUGCAGCUUUCUUUGCAACCAUGCUCCAUAGUUGCAAACUGGGCUGUUGGAUAAAUUGAAAGUCUUUCAAUUAUUUAUUUUAUUAUAAAAAAUGUACAAAAUUUCUAAAAAAAAUUGUUGAAAAGUGGAAAAAAUAAAUUUCUUACAAUCAGUAUUAAUAAUUAAAUAAGAUGCGUAAUAAAAUAAAUAAUUUUUGAACUUUUUCUAAAUUGUCAAUGAAAUGUCAACGAUUUUUAUUAUUGAAAAUUACUAUUUUAAUAUAACUUGCUGUACAUAACAUUAAUUGAUGUUGGUGCGAAAAACCGUACAAUUAUUAAAUAAAUUCUUUAAAAUUAA